AGUAAAACAAUAUGGGAAAUGGUUGACAGCUCUGUAAACACUUAAAAUUUAGAAGUAGGCCUCCCUGCCUUUAUUUGUAUGCUUGCGUAUAUAUCUAACAACGUUUUCUCUGUGUAUGAGGAUAGCUCAAGAUUAUCUCCGAAGCUGCUAAGUUUUCGUGAAAGUAUGAAUUCACAUCCUAAUGCGCCACAUUGGAGAAAACUCUAUCUGAGCAGGGCAAAGUUAAAAGCUUCUAGCAAUACUUCAGCUUUGCUGUCAGGAUUUGCAAUGGUCGCCCUGGUGGAGAUAGGAAUUGAAGAUGAUGUACCGUCAGGACUUGUUAUAGCAUUCAGUGUGUGCACCACUUUACUGGUGUCAGUUCAUUUGCUAGCAUUGAUGGUGAGCACUUGCAUUUUGCCCCACAUCGAAGCUGUCAGUAAUGUCCAUAAUGUCAACUCCGUCAAAGAGUCACCUCAUGAAAAAAUGCAGCUCUUCAUACAGAUGGCCUGGGCUUUUUCUACAGGACUUGGAAUCAUGUUAUUCCUAGCGGAAUUGGUGUUAAUAUGUUGGGUGAAGUUCACCUCAUACAAGGUGGGACACAAUGUGGCCGCUGCCUGGGCCUCCACGGCCAUUGUGAUACCUGUGGGAAUUGUAUUCUUGGUUUUUGCUUUUCAUUUUUAUAAAAAACUGAUUGCGCAUAAAUUUGACAAUCAUGAGAGGGAUCUUGCGGCUCUUGGCAGAAUGGCUGAAGAGAUUGAUAUGAACCACAGCAUUCUGGAUGUGUAGACAUUGAGAGCUUCGCUUGACUGAUUGAGGAUUUAAAUUUGGUGCUUUUUACGUCUAUGAUUUUUGUUAAGUAUUUGUUAGAAUAUUGAACAUUUAUUUUAAUAUACAAUCAUGUAAUUUAUUUAAGAAAUCACCUUGUAAAGCAAGUAUAUUUCAUUUCAAAAGGUGCUAACAUCAAUAUGAAUGUGCAUUUUAAACUUUAAGUUCUGAAACUAUGUAAACAAUCUCUUUUACAAGUUUAAGAAAAUAUUUACACCUAAAUGAUUUAUCUGUUUGUAGAAAAUUUUUAUUAUUAACAGAGAUUGAAUUUUG